UCCAGAGAUUCGGACUUAAACUCAGUCAUCAGACAGGCAAGACCCAUGCAUCGAUACGAUGCUGAGUGAAGAACCUAGCACUGAAAUGAGAGGGGACGGACUUUGAAGGAAUCAUAAAGGUAGUGAGGCGCCUACAUUACAUUCAAUGCCUAUAUUUUGACCAUUUCUGACCUAUUCUACAUUCACUAAUACAAUUCGCAAUGAUACUCAACAAGGCUUUGCUGCUUUCGCUCACAGCCACAUGUGCUGUCCACGGUGCUGCACUGGCGAUGCCGCAACUCCAAGGGCUCGACUCACUCGUGAAGCCUGUGACGGACACUGUCGAGACUGUCAAGCAAAUCGCGGGGCUACCGGGAACAAGUACAGAUGGAGGAAAAUUUGGACCAAAAUGGAUAAACGAUGUUGCCAAAAGAGAUGAGCCAGAGCCAGUACACCAAGCACAAGCGAAGCCAGUGGACGAUGGAGAUCGCAGAAGAGAUGCACCACAACUCGAGAGUCGUCAGUCGAAUUCACGGCAAAAACUGGCCCAGAUGCAUGGAACGUACCGGCAGAAUACACUUGCCAAAUUGAGCGACAGCGGGAAGUGUAACAAGAACAAC